AUUUCAGGGGAUUGUUCUGGCCGUAAACUGGAUAUUGCCAUUCUUGGGGAUCGGUCCAGAAGUUUAAACACUCAAAACCUUCGGAAUCUGCGACUUGCCAUAUACGACAUUGUGAAAAAAGUUGGAGUAUCCCCUGAUGGAACCAAUUUUGGUAUGACUUAAAUUGAGAGAUAUAGUUAUUAUUUUCCGAGUCUGCCUCUAGGUUAUCGUUAUUUCUCCUCAGACGACUACCUAAAUAUGAGCCGGUCAUAGACAUUGAUAAUGGUGAAGACAAUAUUGCAAAACCAGCCCGACUACCACAAAAGGCACAAGAGCAUCAAAUAUUGUUAUUAUUAAUAAUCAAUUAUUAUUCCCGCAGCUUAAGAGACACAACGCUUUAGCUUACAUAACAGGCGCUUUAUGAGCCAAGCGAGGCUAACGAGGCAUUUUGCGCGAAGCUCGAGACGAGCAUGAAUCGCGAGACUAGGGAAGGAGGAAAAAAUAAACUUAAUUAUUUUUUCUCCUCCCGUCGUCUCAUCGCCCUUCGCGCGAAAUGCCGCGUUCACAUCGCUUGGCUAUAAAGCGCCUGUUAUGCAGGCUACAAUACUUUCGCAAGAUAUGAGCGGUACCAAGGAUGGCUGACAACUGUUCACUUCCAAAAAUGUCAGGCAGACUAAACCUUCCAUACUAGGCCUUUGCAUAAUGUUCCAGAUAGCUCCAAGUGAAACAAUCACGAUAGGUUUUAAUGUCACUUUCGUGGCUCUAUAGAUUCGUUUAAUUUCGAGAGCUAGGUCUUGAUACCUUUCUACCUUCUUCUCCUCAGAAGUAAGGAUAUUUUGGUCCGCUGCCCGGAGAGGGGCACUCCCUAAUUUGGCCUAUGGGGGUAUCUGCCGGUGAGACCAUGAAAGCCAUACCGUGGCAGGGUAUGGUUUUCAAGGUCUUGAGUCUUAGACAAGGUAUACAAUUUUACUAUUAAGCGCCUUGAACGGGGUGUCGUUUUGGACUGAAAGCCUUUCAAAGAGUGUGAAAACUUGCGAUGAGCGGUCUACAUUUGCGGUACCGAUAAUGUUUUUCCUAAAUAUCUAUUUCCACGAUUUUAGUGUGAAAAAUUACUCAAUUCUGUACGCAAAACAAAGCAAAUCAGGGUAGGAAAGUAAUGUCUCCUGUCUUAAACAGGGUAGCGAAAUGAGAACUUUUUGUCUUAAACAGGGUCGGGGUUUGUGGACCUAGGCGGAACACCUCUACCCAGACUUCCCUUAAGUGCCCCCCUCCGGUCCGCUGGCACAGCAAUGUCGAUAAGUACUAGUGGCUACUGCUUUGUGUCUUUGUGUACUACAGCAUUGGCCGAUUGUGCCUCAGCCGUUUCCGUAAAGAUAUUCAUAUCCCAAGUUAUCCUUACUUCUCCAUUCUCUGCAACUGGUAAGGGUUGAUGGUGACACCACUUGUUGGUACAUCCUAACCUACUUGAACCGCCAGCCUCUGCUCAGUGACUUCUGUUAAUUCAUCGUUGGUGUUAUAAGUUUUCCAUAAGUCCAGCAGUCUCUUUCUAUAACGUCGCCUCCUUGGUUCGCUCCUGAUGAAACACUCAAACAGGCGUUUGUUGUCCUCCGUUGACCUUGCCAACUAUCUCUUCUCAGUGUUGUCGUUCAGCAGUAACAGGGUGACGACCGGGCCUGCGCUGCUGCUCUACCACAGGACAGUCCUGCCGGACGCGACACCCAUGUUGAUCGUUCCGGUCCUGUUGAUGUCGUUGGCGGAAAAUUCAAUCUUCGACAUACUCUCAUAAAAUGAGGUUCUGAUUUAAGGUUUCCACUACAAAUAAGUAGUAGUUUUAUCGUGCAUCCAUCAUGCAUUAGACGGAUUACUAACCAAGGCUCAGAGAGAUACAUUGAGGCAAUCUAUAUACCCCGGCAGACAACAACUGAUAAUCUUAGGUGUCGUCCCUCUUAAGAUCUUGGCCUUUCCCAACAAACAAGCUUUAUGGAGCAAUGCAAUGAUCCCAGGUGUUCUCAGCUUAAUAUAAUGAUCCACAUCGUUAGGAUUUUUACAGUCCUAAGACCUCCUAGUAAAAUAGGGAUAACAGAUACACUUCUUCAGUUCCAGAUCUUUUGCAGUUCCACUUUAAAGUUCGUCCUAAUAGCAGUUGAUCUUCUCCGGUUCUUUUUCUGCUACCUGUAUAUCAAACAGACAAGCCAUAUCAACAAUGAAACACACCCUUCUCUCUUCCUCCUGCACUACAAUAUCAAGUCUAUUCAUGGUCUAAAUGGUGAUCUGUCUGAAUACUGAAAUCCCACAGCAACUUCACCUGGUCAUUUUCCAUCACUGUCUCUGGAAAAUGACCAUAUCAGAUUUCGUUGCACUGCACAUUAAAUUUUUUGCAAAGAUUUCAGAGGACAACUUGAGUAACCUUAGCGUCUCUCAAGUUCUUGUACUGGUCAGUUUACCAGGUCUUAUUAUUAUUAUUGUUGUUGUUGUUGUUUUGUUUUUAAUAGGUAUCAUUACGUUCGACUCAACCGCGAAACUACACAACACCUUUGACAACCCUGUGUACCAGAACGAGCAGAAACUAAAAACGCUAAUAGACCAAAAGUUCAAGAAUAUUGCAAGGAACUGGGGAACCCGCAUCGACAAAGCGCAGAAACUGGCUCGUGAUAAGUUAUUUACUCCCUCGGGAGGAGACAGACCUAGAGCCACAAACGUGAUGUUGAUAUUUACAGACGGAAAACCAACUGGACUUAAAAAAAGCGAUUUCACCCCAUUUACCGAACUUAGGGCUGGCCUUGAGGUA